AUGUUAAAGGAAGGUCAAAUAGUUGCCGCGGAAGGUGAAGAGGUGGAAGAGCUAGAUUCCACUGCUGCAGGUGAAGGUGAAGGUGAAACUACAGUAGGAGAAAUUGGAUCCUCAAUAAUUCAACAAACCGAACCACCUUCAAUUCCUGUCAGCAAAUUUUUCCCUGAUAGCAAAUAUCCUGAAGGUGAAAUAUGUGAAUACAAAAAUGAGAUGCGUUACGAUGAUUAUAAUGACCUUCGUCGUGCAGCUGAAGUACGGAAAUAUGCACAAAAAGCUAUAAAGCCUGGUAUGACGAUGAUCGAAAUAUGUGAAAUGAUUGAAAAUGGAACACGCACAUUGGUAGAAGAAAAUGGUUUAGAAGCCGGAAUUGGAUUUCCAACUGGUUGUUCCCUAAACAAUUGUGCGGCUCAUUACACACCGAAUGCUGGCGAUCCAACAGUUCUUCAAUAUGAUGAUGUAUGCAAAAUCGAUUUUGGAACGCACGUCAAUGGUAAUGUUUAUAGUCGCAUCGUUGAUUGUGCAUUCACACUUACUUUUAAUCCUGUCUAUGAUCCCCUCAAAGAAGCAGUUAAAGAUGCUACUAAUACUGGUGUUCGGGGUUAUGUUCGUGAAGAUGGUGAAUGUAGUCACUAUGCAAAACGUCAUGAUGUAGAUCAAUCUACAUUUCGUAUAAAGAAAGCCAAAGCUCUUUUAAACUCCAUUAGCAAGCAUUUUGGCACAUUACCAUUUUGCCGUCGAUAUCUCGACCGUGUGGGAGAAACUAAAUAUGCGUUAGCGUUAAAACAUUUAGUUGAUUCUGGUGUAGUGGAAUCUUAUCCACCAUUGGUUGACAUAAAAGGUUCAUACACGGCACAAUUUGAACACACUAUAAUUCUAAGGCCAACCUGCAAAGAAGUUGUUAGUAGUGGUGAUGAUUAUUAG